AUGAAGAAAUUUCCAUCAUCAAUCUCCCGCCGGCCGCAGUCGUCGGCACUUCUUCACAGCUCUUCGUCGGAUGAAGUUGAAGCAAAGGGUGACAAGCAAGCCGACAUUUGUGCCCAAAACAAUCUCCCUUCCCUUCCCGAUGAUGUGCUCUUCAAGAUCCUGUUGAACCUCUCUGCUGAAGACAUUUACAGGGCAAGUCUCGUCUGCCGGAGCCUUUACUACAGCACGAUCCGCUCCGAGAAAUUCGUAAACCUCCACCUCCAGCAAACUGACGAAUAUGGUCUCUUGUUCCGAUUCAAUUACGACCCAACACGUUGUGAGCUUAUUACUAAUGAUCAACAUUCUUCCCAACGAACGGUUUUGGUCUCUAUGAAACAGGGACGUGUCAAGGUAUUCAACUACAAAUCCAUAUUUUCCUUCAACAGUAGCUGCAACGGUCUCAUCAACGAGGACAAGUGGGACACCUUGUCCGAAAUCCACGUGGUCAACCCUGUGACGGGACGAGCCUUGCGACUUCCUCCGCUCCCCAAAAACGCAAGCUUACCGCGUUGUUGCGUGGGGUAUGCGCAAGCCUCCAAGGCUUACAAGGUGGCUUUGGCAUACUCUCCUGGUGGAAAGGACGCGUGGCGGGCCAUAUUGACCGUGGGUGUCGAUAGUUCGUGGAGGCAUCUUGCAACCGACCAUUUGACUAAGUAUACCAUGGGCCGCCUAAUGGUCACGGAGGGUUUUGUUCAUUUGGUUUUUGGGGACACUGUCCAGACGCUGAAUGUGGAGACGGAGGUCAUGACCGAGACGCGGCCCCCAGUCUCCGAGGGUUAUUACAUCAACUACACGCACUGGUACCUACCAGGUGGGAAAGUCCUCACUCUAGUGAAUGAAGUUGAGGAUGGCGUGUUUCGAGUUUGGGAGAUGGUGUCGGGGGAUUGUUGUUAUUGGAGGGAAUGGGAACAUCAGAUUGUGUUGGGAAAGCAAUUGCAGGAAAUUCGAGAGGUUUGUGGGGAUGAAUAUAGGUUUAUUAUUUGCCCGGUCGGUUGGUUGCAACAGAUGGAGGUGUUGGUGUUUAAAGGAUGGCCCAUAAACGAGCGUAGCGAUGUUGUUUUCUAUGUGGUUAUUGCUACCGGGAAAAUCGGAUGGAUCACACCCAUAUCGAGUAACAAGGAAGGAUUGGUUGAUGAAUUUUAUAAAUUUUAUGAUCCAGUUGUGCCCCACAGAAACACCCUUGUGGAGUUGGAGGGACAGGAGGAAAUUGGAGGGUAUGUGAAUUCGAGAUUGGGUCGGGAGAUCGGAUGUGCGAAGUCGUAA